AUGUAUUUUGCUAGUGUCGGAGUUUGGGUUUUGAUCGGAUUCGCUGCCGCCCGGUGCUGCAGUGCCGUGACACCGGAACAACGAUACUUUGAGACCCACUUCGUAGAGCCACCACCGCCGCCACACACGGACACGGAUUCCAAUGGCCGGAACGCCCUGCGCCUAGAGUACUACAAGUGGCCGAACGGAGUGGUGCCGUACACGUUUGCCGAGGGAUUCAGUGUCCACGAGCAAGCCGUCAUUCUGGAGGCCAUGGAUGUGCUGCAGCAGCAAACGUGUGUCUACUUCAUCCCGAAAACCCCGGACCAGUGGGAGCACAUUCGCUUUGUGCGCUCGGAUUGGGGCUGCGGAUCGGUUAUCGGGUACCGUCGCGGGCAGGGCGACCCGCUCGACGUGGCGCUGGACAACUUUUGCCUCGCACUGUCCGGAGCCAUCCAGCACGAGUUGCUGCACGUGUUGGGUCUGUUCCACGAGCACACGCGCCCGGACAGAGACGACUAUGUGGAAAUAUUUUGGGACAACAUCGCACCAGACGAACGGCACAAUUUCUACAAAGGUUCGUGGGAUUACAUGGAAACGUUCGGUCUACCGUACGACUACGGCAGUCUGAUGCACUAUCCUGGCACACUGGGAGACACCGUUUUCAUGGUAUCACGCUGGAACGCUAGCAUUCCUUUGGGGCAAACAGAAGGAGCCAGCUACUACGAUCUGCAGAAAGUCCGAUACAUGUACCCGUGUUCGUGAACGCGGUCCGUGCGUUUGGUAAAUACUUUAUUUUCCAUUGAGUAUGAUCGUAGUGCGAUAAACAAGUAGAAUCUUAUCUUAAUUUCAGGCGAAUAAAUAUGUACAAAAAUGAAAAAUAAACGAACUAGUGCGCUGCGGCCACAAACCACACGUUGAGCACCUAUAGCCGCGACUUCAUUUUUUCCAACAACGCAACCAAACAAUCGUGCUGUGUGUCCACCUGUGUGACCUC